AUGUUGUUCACCAAGUUUGCCACCUUCAUCUCGCUCUCGCUCCUUGCGGUCGCCACCCCUAUGCCCAACGGGGGCUCUCCGACGAAGAUUGCCCCGACUACGACAGUAACUGUCACCGCGACGGCGACGACGACGGAGCCUGCUAGUCAGUGCAACACCGGUCCGAUUCAGUGCUGCAACACUGUCACGACUGCGGGCGAUUCUGCAGCGGCGGGUAUACUUGGCCUUCUUGGCAUCGUCGUCCAGGACCUUGACAUUCUUGUCGGUCUGACUUGCACCCCGAUUACCAUUAUUGGUACUGGCGGCGCCUCGUGCAAUGCGCACCCCGUCUGCUGCGAGGAUAACAGUCAUGGUGAUCUCAUCUCUAUCGGCUGUGUUCCCGUCGACAUCAGCCUCUAA